AUGUCAGUCGCUGUGGAUGAGAAGGAUAUGAAUGAUGUGGCAGAAGGAGGCGAGAAGAAACUUUCCAAGAAGGAGUUAAAUAAACUUGCAAAGGCCGCUAAAAUAGCUGAAUUAAAAGCUCAGAAAGCUUCAUCUCAGCCUAAGGAAGAAGAAGCUGAAGACGUCUCAGUAGGAAUGUAUGGUAGCUAUGGCAUGAUUCAGUCGACUGACAAAAAGGACAUUGUAUUCACUAAAUUGAGUGAGAUCGACGCCAGUAUUCAUGGUCAAGAGGUUUGGGUCCGUGGUCGCGUCCAUGCAAUACGCAGUAAAGGAAAAACAUGCUUCCUUGUCCUCAGGCAGCAGUUCUACACUGCACAGGUGACACUCUUUGUGGGCGAAAAAAUAAGCAAGCAGAUGCUGAAGUUUGUCUCAAAUAUCUCCAAGGUAAUUUAUUUUUAG